AUGCGACAAUAUCGUCAUAUUUUUAUGCUUCUUAUUAUUGUGUAUGCGCUGUUUGUAAUCAAUGUGCCACGAAUUUGGAAAGGAAGAAGUCGAGGCUUAGCAACGAUCAUUUUUUAUUGGAACGCUUUCAAUGCAUUGGCGAAUAUUGUCCUUUUUCUUAGCUUAUUGCCUGAUUUUUUAAGUUCUUUCCAUGAAGGUUUCUACUCAAGUUUAUGUCUGAAUGCUGGACUUUAUAAAAACAAAAGAUCGGGUAAAGCAAUAUUCACAUUUCACAUUAGCAAAGUCUGGGAACUACUAGACACGGUAUUUAUGAUUUUGGAUGGACGUAAAACAAAUAGCCUUCACGUGACCCAUCAUAUUAUCAUUUCCACUUCGAUGAUUUACAGUUAUCAACACAUUGGUGCCAUGGCUCGUUGGAUUGCCAUCACCAAUCUUGCUGCUCAUGCCGCUCUUUACUCUUAUCUGGCAGCUCAAAGUUGUGUUUUGAAACGUCGAACGUGCAGCGCACGUGUAAUCAGCGGGAUCCAAAUGGCACAAUUUCCUAUCUGCUUGUUUGGUCUCAUCAAAAUACGUCAAUUUCUGAAUGCCAGGAAGAAAUGUGAGACAAACUAUAAUGGGCUAAGCAUUCUAAUCUACUCAUCCUUUUUCAUUCUAUUCACUCGAUUUUACAUCAACAAAUACGGAAAAGACUGCACCAGCAGAGUUUUCAAAAGCGAUUCAAAAGGUUUAGCAAACUUUUCAUCCAUUCUAAGAUUGUGGAAUGUCAAUCUGAUCAAUGAAAGGUGGGGAUGGCUGUGGUACGAAGACCUUUAA